AUGAAGAGGAUGCUUUUGCUUUUGCUGCUCAGAAAAGUGCUUUUCUGCCAGGAGAUAACAAGAAGCAAAGAAGAGCCGGAGGAAGACAGGAUGGUAAUAUUUGAGCACGCAGGAGUGAUGAAAAUAUACGAUCUAAGGGAACAAGAGAUAGUUGAAGAAAUAGUGUCUCAUGCGGCCAUACAGGAUAAAAAUAGAGAACAAAAAAGAGAAGUGAAUCUACAGAGUAUUGGAAAUAAAAGGAUAACUUACAAUGAGAUGAGUGAAACAAAAAGUGGCAGCAAAGAGAUCAGUAGAGGAGUCAAUGAAAAUAGCAACGGAGUGAUGAGUGUUAGCAGCGCCAGCAGCAAUGGGAUAGGAAGUGGUAUUAUUUUUAGCUCGAAUUCUACUAAUACUUUGAUGAAAAAAGAUAAUUCAACGAGCAAUAAUGCAAGCUCUGUAAGCAGUCUAAUGAAAAGCUUAGCGGAUAAUGGUAAUGUAGCAGCCAGUGGUGUUAUUUUUGGUGAUAGUCUGCCAAAUCUCUUGGCAAACAAUGCUCCUUCUAUUGGCUAUUCAUCUAGUAGAAAUGACUCACUUCCUACUGCCAUUGUUUCUAACGGAAUGGUUGUAUCUCGUGAUAAAAGGAUAGCUGUGGAGUAUAUUGCUUCCGCUGCGGGUGUAAUUGUUUUUGUGUACAAUGAAACAGUUAGUAGAGUCUUCAGGCCAUCGGGCAUCUUGGAGAGCGUUGAAAAAAAGAUUACCUCGAUACUCCAUAGGACGAGAAUAGACAGAACACAUGCACACCACAAAAUAGUAAAGACACUGCUGAAUAAAUAUAAAACAGACCUAUACAUAUUAAAAAAGAUAGAUGGUUUAUUUUAUUUUUCAGAAAUAUUCCUAUCAGAGAUAAAAGAAACACACAGAAAAAGGAUAUUGAAGUGCUUAGAUUACUCUCUAUACGCCUCUCUAUUUAUUCUUAUGCUAUCUCUUCUCUCUCCCAUGAUAAUAAGAAUAGUAGGAUAUAAAGACACUCCCAUCACUUUGCUACUUGGAAAAUGCACAGGGCCUUUAAGAAAGGGUUUUCUAUUCGGUAAAAAAAGGGUAAAAGUACUGGUUCUCCAUAAGAAUGUAGAGAAAGAGAAGAGAAAAUGUGAAAAUAUAAUGAUGCUUCGUGAGCACAAUGCACAAGAUGGCUCGAUACACACUGAAGAAACAGAAGAACACUGCUAUAUCGCGUAUUCCUUUGACACGGUAUCACUGAGCGAGUUUACAGAGAUGAAAGUCUCGCAGGAGACCAUAAGAACAGUGGGAAAAGAAAUAAUUAAUUCCAUACUGCAUCUGUAUACCGAAGGAUUUGUACACUUUACUUUUUCAAUGGAAAAUAUUCUCAUAAAUACACACACAAAUAGAAUAGUCCUGUUGGGAGUAGAGGGAAUGGCUUAUUGUGCAGCAGAUAGCAAAAGACCAUCUAAGUUUACCAUGAACAGUGACAAGUUAGGCAGUGUUCUAACUGAUAAUACUAACCUAUCUGGUUCUACAAUGGACAACAGCGCUAAUUUAACUGAAAAUGGCAAUUGUGCACACAAUCUAGCUGUAUAUAGGCCUAAAUUGUUCGCUGAUUAUGUUUCUCUUGGCGAAGUGUUCUAUGGUAUGCACAAAGAUACUCUUAAUGAAAUGAGCAUGUUCAAAAAUAAGUCAUUUUCUGAAUCAAACGAUGCAAUAUGCGCAUAUAACUAUAGAAAGCAUCCGCAGUUCAUAAUAGGAGCAGAGACAAAGUACCAAAUAGAGCUACUCGAUUGGAUUGCAUCGCUGCUAUCUAGCGAGCCCUUUGAUGGCUCUAUCAUCCAUCCUUUUUUCUGGACUAAUGCGCAGUCUUUGGAGUUCUUAUCCCUGCUAAGCGAUUUUAUAUUCGAUAAUCCCGAGGGCCUUAUCUUGGAAAGCAGCUCAAUCGUUCUUUCUUCCGUUAUGGACCUGUCUAACUGGGAUGUGUAUUUAGAUGUAUCGCUGCUCACGCAUUUGACAAGAGGAGGAAGAUACUACUACAACACCAAGGUGCUCAGAGAUCUAUUUCGGUUGAUAAGAAACAAUGGGAGACACUUUCAGUCCAUUCCAGAAGAAGGAAGGCUGUAUUUCAACAACGAAGUGUCUAACUACUCCGAAUACUUCUUGACCAAGUACCCGCAGAUCACUCUCCUCUCCUACUAUGUCGCCCAAGAGUAUUCCCUUCUGGACCAUAAAAUAUUUUCAGAAAUAUUCAAACGUAAAAAUAUUUAA